UCACUCUGAAAAUAUACGUAAGGGAUUGUUGAAUUCACAAAUAAUUGCAAUAGCGUAGCCUGACAAUUUGCAAAGCGAUACCAUGGCCGACGAAAGCAUCACGCGAAUGAACCUCUCGGCCAUCAAGAAGAUCGACCCGUAUGCGAAGGAGAUCGUGGACUCGUCCUCGCACGUCGCCUUCUACACGUUUAACUCUGAGCAGCAGUGGGAAAAAACUGACGUCGAGGGAGCGUUCUUUAUAUACCACCGCAACGCGGAGCCCUUUCACAGCAUCUUCAUCAACAACCGACUGAACACCACGUCCUUCGUGGAGCCGAUCACCGGCAGCCUGGAGCUACAGUCGCAGCCACCGUUCCUGCUCUACCGCAACGAGCGUUCCCGCAUCCGGGGCUUCUGGUUCUACAAUAGCGAGGAGUGCGACCGCAUCAGCGGCUUGGUGAAUGGACUGCUAAAGUCCAAGGACCAGGGAUCCAACGGCCAGGCCCAGCGCCUUGCCCCCGCGCCCCAACAGCCCAAGCAGGAUAACGCCAGCAUAUUCAAUAUGCUGAGCAAGGCGCAAAAGGACUAUAACGCCCAGGUGAGCGGCCAACCGAAGACGCCGUCGGCGGAGAACGUGACGGCCGGCAAUGUGCUCAAGUUCUUUGAGUCGGCCAAGCAGGCUACGGCGGAGUCUCUGUUCCAUCGUGUUCAGCCGCUGUCCGUGGACCAGCUGGAGAAGCAGCAGCGCGCAGGCACUCCUGGCGAGGAUCUGCUGCCUUCGGCGGGCAGGGACAACCAAGAGAGCCGGCUGUCGCCGUUCCAGAAGGCCCAGCAGUUGAAUACCCAGCUCCUGAGUGAGCUAAAGAUCGGGAAGAGCUAUGCUCCUGCCACAUCUCCAACCAGUGCUCCGACCUCGUCGGCCCUGAUGGUCAACGACGAUGCCGGCAAGUGCUUACGGCGAUUGCUGGCUGGGGACAAGCCCGGACCGGCUCUCAUGCCGCCGACCAUGUUCGAUGCCCCCAACAAUGGUAACCCGGAGCCCCAGCAGCCCCUCAACUCGACGCAGUUCGUCCAGGCCUUCACGUACCUUAUCCAGAACGAUAAGGAGUUCGCCAACAAGCUGCACAAAGCCUAUCUGAACGGCUGUUCCAAUCUUCUGCUGGACUCCAGCCCCACAUACAAUCAAUAAACAGAAAUUUUCAACAUUUCCGAAA